CUGUUGCCACAGUGAUAGUGUAGUAACCGAAGAGUAGCCCCGCCUCUUUUUCCUUAUGUGGAAGAAAAACACCCCGCAGGCGAGCUGUGAUUGGUCAGCGUGUGUCGAACUCCAAUGUUUGUAAAUUUGUUAGAUCGGAGACACUGCUGCUGCAGAUCUCAGCGCGCAAAUGUAUUUACUAAUGUUUAUAAACCGUCAUUGUUUGGAUUCAAUUUAAAAUUUGAACAAAGUCUCCGGAAACAGCGGCAUAUAACCUCUCGGAGACGUUAAGGAGCUAAAGGAACCGAACAAGGCUUUACAGAGUAGAUUAUAAUGGUCCUGAGUCAGAUGGACGCCGGCAGAGCUUUGACGUCGGCAGCAGCCAAAGGAAACAGCAGCGACGUGCAGAGGAUCCUGGAGGAAUGCAGAGUGCAUCCUGAUACUCUCAAUGAGUUUGGCAGGACUGCACUACAGGUGAUGAUGAUGGGGAACUCCAAGAUCGCCGGCCUGCUGCUGGAAAAAGGAGCGGACCCAAACAUCCAGGACAAACACGGGAUAGCGCCCGUCCACGACGCAGCCCGCACAGGAUUCCUGGACACUCUGCGGGUUCUGGUGGAUUACGGCGCCUCUGUAAACAUCUCGGACCAGAGCGGAGCCUUGCCCAUACACAUCGCCAUCCGGGAGGGUCACCGAGAUGUUGUGGAGUUCUUGGCGCCACGGUCGGACCUGAAGCACGCCAAUAUCAGCGGUCAAACGGCCGUAGAUGUGGCCCGAGCUUCACGCGUGCCUGACAUGAUGGACUUGCUCUUCGCUCACAUUCAUAGUUAGUCUGGGUCCCUCCUGGCCUGACUUUGUUUGUCAUUUCAAACCUGGUGACUUGAAUUCAUUGCUGUGUAAAGGAUUAUUUUUUGUUGUUGAUAGUGGCUCAGCAUUAAUAUGUGACACAGGACAUAUUGUCUUGGCAGCUUAUUUUCAGUGGAUUGGUGGCUACAUACAGUAGCCUCCUCUUUUGCACAGUGCGAUUCUGGCACCUUAUAUAGAUAUAUAUAUAUAUAUAUAUAUAUAUAUAUUUAUAUAUAUAUAUAUAUAUCUGUUGUCCCUUUAAAUUGGGAGUGCACAUUUUUAGGUAGUUCCCCCAGUGUUUUCUAAUUAUUGCAUUAUUUCUAUUGUGUGAGAAUUGUAACAGUUGAGACAUUGUGUGUGUUUUAAAAAAUUGUACAAUACUUGAUAUGGUGCCCCCUGAUUGCUUUUCAUAGUUGUGUUUCUCUUAAUUAGAUGUACUUAGACUUUGACUUAUUUAUUGUUGGAAUAGGACUGAAGAUUGUUGUGACCUUGUAAAUGACGACAUUUAUCGUGAUUUGUUGAAAUGUUAUUUAUAUAAAUACUUUUAAAUCUAAAGUGACAUUAUUCACUUUAUUAUUUGAAGAAGAAAACACAAAAUAAAGUGUUGAAUUUGGAA